AUGACUUCGGUCGAAGACGUUCUGUCAAAUUACACAGACAUUUCGGAAAACGGUACGAGUAAUUCGCCGUACUAUUACUAUGAAGGCGACCCACCAGUAAGAGUAGAGACUUGGUUAGUACCUCUCAUAUUUGGUACGAUAUGCUUGAUCGGUAUCGUUGGGAAUGCUUUGGUGAUUGUUGUGAUAUUGAAGAACAAGCAGAUGCGAACUGUCACCAAUUACUAUAUACUGAACCUGGCAAUAUCUGACGUCGCCUAUCUUACAUGUGCAGUGCCGUUCAGCGCCACGUCUCACGUUUCAGAAUGGGUAUUUGGGGAGUUCAUGUGCAAAUUCAGCUUUUACGCUAUACAGGUAACAGUUCAAGCAACAUGCAUUACUCUGACUGCCAUGAGUGUUGAUAGAUACUAUGCUAUAGUGCAUCCACUGAAAUCUCUGAAGACUCGCACUCCUAAGGUGGCCAUUAGUGCCAUUGCUGCUAUCUGGUUAUGUCUUAAACAUGAUAUACGUAGUGUACGUGCCAGUAAUAGUGGUUUGCAAGAAAUAAGUAGCACACUUUCUGUGUACGACUUUCUAAAUCCCGGGGAUAGUUCAUGUAUGGUUGCUGUUCCCGUUGCGAUUUACAAAAAGAUUGUCUACUUCGAAUGGUAUGGUGUUCGUCCAUUUUGCUUUGACGUUUUCCCCACGCUGCAAUGGGACUUUGGAUGGUACGUGUACACUUUUAUUGCAGUCUACGCGCUACCAAUUUGUAUUAUUACCAUCUGUUAUUCCAAAAUGCUACGCCAACUAUGGAAUCAAGUAACCCCUGGGGAGGAGUCCGCUCAUCAUACACAAAGCAUCAAGCAAAAGAAGAAGAUCACUAAAAUGGUUUUCAUGGUAACGUUGCUAUUCUUCAUCUGUUGGAUGCCUAUUCACAUUCAAACCAUCUGGACCAGAGUCGACACAGAAAGUUACCAUGCUACAGAGAAUGUAUAUUACUAUCAUUUAUUUGCUAAUUGCUUGUCGUAUGCAAAUUCUUGUCUCAAUCCUUUCAUAUACGCCUUUAUGGGUGAGAACUUCAGGAAAUGUUUUCGAAAAGUUUUCGCUAAGUGGUUCAAGAAGCAUUCGGCAACAGUCGCCGCAGUUGGUCAGGGGCAAGGCGGAGUUGUAGGUAGCAAUCUCGGAACAUCGUCGAUGUUGGCUCAAAAACAGGGUGAUGGCACACUCGAAACCUCAUCGCGUACAUGA